CUGGCUGGCUUGUGCAUGUAUAAGGUUUUUUCCCGGACAGUAAUAUCAUCCAAGCCCAAGUCCUUUCCUGUAAUUUAGCUCAGUUUCACUUUCAUGAUUGUUCUCCCAAAAAAAUCAAUUCCUCAACAAAUCCCAAUCCAUCCGUUCAUUCUUCCUCAUCGACGGCUAUAUAAAAUUUUCACAUGCAAAUAUUGUAAUAAUAUAGAAAAUCUUCCCGUCUUUCCUAGUGCAGGUGCUGAGUCUCUUCUUGGUACAGAUCUCCGACUAUCUAACCGGCGGAUUCUGAAUUCCUGUUCUCCGAUCAAUUCAUUGGUUUUUGUGAUUCCGGUGUUUGAAGUUUGGAUUUUGUUGCGGGAGAAGGGAAAGGAGGGGAUACAGUAAAAGAGGUUUCAGGGGAAUAACAAGAUCUUAGGUUUUUGGGUGAUGAGAAUUGGUAAAGAAUGAACGAUGCCGGAACUGCGUACCGGAGCGCGCAGGGGCCGGGCAGCAGCAACGAAGAAGCAGCAGCAGCCGAAUCCGAUCGAGGCAGGGGAGGCGAUUGCCACUAGGACUAGGAGACGUCGAGCUGCAGCAGCGGCGGCAGCGGCGGCGGAGGCGCGAGUGGUUCCAGUGCCGGAUAAUAACGAAGAAAACAAAAACGACAACAAGAAGAAAGAGCCACAGCUAGUUGUUGGUGAGAAAUUAGAGCUCGCGACGGCAGCUGGUGCGUUGAAGGAGGAGGAAGAGAAUCGGAAGAAUAAUAGGGCUUUAGAGGAAGGAGUGAGAAAGGAUCAGGAAGAAGUAGGGGAGAAGCAUAUGGACGAGUUUGACAGUGGGGGGAAUGACAAGGCCAAUGCUGGUGAGGAUGAAGGGAGUACAGCACCGCUUCCAGAAAAGGUUCAAGUCGGGGGUUCCCCAUUGUACAGACUUGAAAGGAAGCUUGGCAAGGGUGGCUUUGGACAAGUGUAUGUUGGUCGUCGUGUUUCUGUAGAUACAGAUGGAAGUAGAACUGGCCCUAGUGUUCUAGAGGUUGCUUUGAAGUUUGAGCAUAGAAGUAGCAAAGGAUGUAACUAUGGGCCUCCCUAUGAGUGGCAAGUUUACAACACUCUUGGUGGUAGUCAUGGUAUACCACGUGUACACUACAAGGGACGACAAGGUGACUAUUAUGUCAUGGUUAUGGAUAUGCUGGGCCCUAGUUUAUGGGAUGUUUGGAAUAAUAACUCUCACACCAUGUCCAUUGAGAUGGUUGCUUGCAUUGCGAUUGAAGCAAUAUCCAUAUUGGAGAAGAUGCACUCCAAAGGAUAUGUGCAUGGAGAUGUGAAGCCUGAGAAUUUUCUCCUUGGUCCUCCAGGAACUCCAGAUGAGAAGAAAUUGUUUCUUGUUGAUCUAGGAUUAGCUACUAAGUGGCGCGAUAGUUCGGGAUCGCAUGCUGAAUAUGAUCAGAGACCAGAUGUUUUCAGGGGAACGGUGCGGUAUGCCAGCGUGCAUGCACAUUUAGGAAGAACUGGUAGUAGGAGAGAUGAUCUAGAAUCUCUUGCUUAUACACUCAUUUUCCUUCUUCGAGGUCGUUUGCCUUGGCAAGGAUACCAGGGAGAGAAUAAAGGAUUUCUGGUUUGCAAGAAGAAGAUGGCAACAUCUCCAGAGUCUUUGUGUUGCUCAUGUCCUCAUCCUUUCAGACAGUUUGUUGAAUAUGUUGUGAACCUAAAGUUUGAUGAAAAACCUAAUUAUGCAAAAUACAUUUCUCUAUUUGAUGGGAUUGUUGGUCCAAAUCCAGACAUCCGGCCUAUUAACACUGACGGUGCACAGAAGCUUAUUUAUCAAGUUGGUCAUAAGAGAGGCCGCAUAUCAGCUGAUGAGGAGGAAGAAGAUGAACAACCAAAGAAGAAAAUUCGUAUGGGCAUGCCAGCAACCCAAUGGAUUAGUGUUUACAAUGCUCGUAGACCUAUGAAGCAAAGGUAUCACUAUAAUGUUGCAGAUGGAAGGCUUGAGCAGCACAUUGAGAAAGGAUACGAGGAUGGCUUAUUUAUUAGCUGUGUAGCUUCCUGCCAAAGUCUAUGGGCUCUUAUUAUGGACGCGGGCACUGGGUUUGCUUCACAAGUCUAUGAACACUCACCUUACUUUCUUCACAAGGAAUGGAUAAUGGAGCAAUGGGAAAAGAACUAUUACAUCAGUUCGAUAGCAGGUGCUGUAAAUGGAAGCUCAUUAGUAGUAAUGUCUAAAGGUACACAGUACUUGCAGCAGUCAUACAAAGUUAGUGAUUCAUUUCCUUUCAAGUGGAUUAACAAGAAAUGGAGGGAGGGCUUCUAUGUCACCUCUAUGGCCACUUCUGGUGGUAGAUGGGGAGUUGUUAUGUCUCGUGGUGCAGGAUUUACUGACCAGGUUGUUGAAUUGGACUUCCUUUAUCCUAGUGAAGGCAUUCAUCGUCGAUGGGACAAUGGCUAUCGUAUCACAGCUAUUGCAGCAACUCCAGACCAGGCUGCUCUUAUUCUUAGCGUGCCAAGAAGGAAGCCCAUGGAUGAAACACAGGAAACACUUCGAACUUCAGCUUUUCCCAGCGUGCAUGUCAAGGAGAAAUGGGCAAAAAAUCUUUAUAUUGCUUCAGUUUGUUAUGGUCGAACGGUUUCAUAAGCUACUACCCAUAUAUAUUUGCAUGGGUGGGCCCUUCCCAAAAGCAAAGGAAAUUGCCCGUCGCCAAGUUUACCCUGUCUAGCUGUUCCUCUGGGGCACUGUGUAGGCUUAGGGAAAUUUUGAUGGGUACAGGCUUUUAAUUAACUGUAACCGAAGUAUAGAAGCUUUUAGUUGGACCUCUAUCUUGUAGUAGUUGCGUUGUGUGGAUUUUUUUCUUUUUAGGAAACCCACAAUGUUGGGUAUCUAUUAACUUUGUAUAGUCUCAAUGGAGCCCUGUGUAGGGCAGAUUCAAAAUAUCAU